AAAUGACUUUGUUUAUGUUAUGAUGUGCUAGUGGUGCUGCAAAUUAUUUUCAAUAACUAAUAAAUGGCAUCUGAAGAUCAUAUUAAACUCUCCGAUUUGAUUAAAUCAGUCCAUUCUGAGUUGAGGCAAAAGUCGAAGAAUAAAGGUUUUGAGAAGGCGUGGGAUGAACAUUGCAAAAAUGAUGAUCUUUUGUUGAAAUAUGCCAAUGCCAUGAAAAUAUUGGCAACGAAUCAUUGGCAGAACAACUUCACUGAUAAAUCGAAGGCUUUCUGCAGGGUUGAAUGGAUAUACAAAUAUUGUUUACAGUAUUUUACUGACGAGGAAAGCAGUGAAAAAUUGAGACAAAGGCAACGGGAACUUGAUAUUGCUGAAAAAAUUGAUAUUUCAGUUAACAUUCCGUUUCUUCCACAGAAACCAGUGCUUAAGCUUCUAGAUGUUGGAAGUUGUUAUAACCCGUUUUCUGUCUAUAAUAUUUUUGAAGUUUUAGCUAUUGAUAUUGCACCAGCAAGCCCUUGUGUAAAUAAAAUGGAUUUCCUCAAACUGGAACUGAAAAAUAAAAUAAAUAUUGAAGAAAACACAUUAGCUGCUAAUUACUUCGAUAUUGUAGUAUUCAGUUUAUUCUUAGAAUACAUACCAUGUCCAGACUUACGAUUUAAAUGUUGUGAGAAAGCGAUGGAAUUGUUAAGGCCUGAAGGUCUUCUUUUUAUAAUUACCCCAGAUUCUAAACAUGUAGGAGCCAAUGCUCAACUAAUGAAGUCUUGGCGUUUUAUGCUUGCUGAAAUUGGUUUUUCUAGAAUAAAAUAUGAAAAAUUGCCCCAUAUUCAUUGUAUGGUCUUCAGAAAGAGUAUCCAUAGUGAAAUUGCACAGAGAUGGUCAGUUUUACAUAAAAAUAAUCAAAUAUUUGAUAAAAUGUUCAUACCCCAAGAUUUUCUUAAAAAAGACAAACAUUAAAGGUUACUGUUAACAAA